CCCCGCCCAGCCCGUGCCUAUAAGGCCUCAGCAGUGCAGGGGCCCCCACUGCUCCCAGACGACAUCAGAGAUGAGGACAGUCCUGCUGCUCCUUGCAACCCUGGCCGUGGCUACGGGGCCAGCCCUUGCCCUGCGCUGCCACGUGUGCACCAGCUCCAGCAACUGCAAGCAGCCUGAGGUCUGCCCGGCCAGCUCUCACUUCUGCAAGACCCUGAACACAGUGGAGCCUCUGAGGGGGAAUCUGGUGAAGAAGGACUGUGCGGAGUCGUGCACACCCAGCUACACCCUGCAAGGCCAGGUCAGCAGCGGCACCGGCUCCAUCCAGUGCUGCCAGGAGGACCUGUGCAACGAGAAGCUGCACAACGCUGCACCCACCCGCACCGCCCUCGCCCACAGUGCCCUCAGCCUGGGGCUGGCCCUGGGCCUCCUGGCCGUCGUCUUAGCCCCCAGCCUGUGACCUUCCCCCCAGGGAAGGCCCCUCAUGCCUUUCCUUCCCUUUCUCUGGGGAUUCCACACCUCUCUUCCCCAGCUGCAACGGGGGUGCCAGGAGCCCCAGGCUGAGGGCUUCCCCGAAAGUCUGGGACCAGGUCCAGGUGGGCAUGGAAUGCUGAUGACUUGGAGCAGGCCCCACAGACCCCACAGAGGAUGCAGCCCCCAGCUGCAUGGCGGGUGGAGCACAGAAGCCCUGUGGAUCCCCGGAUUUCACACUCCUUCUGUUUUGUUGCCAUUUAUUUUUGUACUCAAAUCUCUACAUGGAGAUAAAUGAUUUAAACCAG